CACAGUUGCGAUUCACUGGCAGCGGACGUGAAGGGCAGAAGACUCGACCCAAGUCUGAUACACACAUACACGCAGUGAUCUACGAGAUAGAACAUUCCCAGCAAGACCAAGAGGCCAGACACCAACAGCUAGACUCCCAGAAGCCAGAAAUACCAACAGUGAGAGACCAAUCCCCCAAGAGCGAGACAUCGGCACCAUGAAGUCGGUGUGUUUGGUGAUGUUCUUGUGCGUCUCCCUGGUGAAGGCGGACAGCGUGACCGGAUCCGCGUCCGGGCCCGCGGGAACACCGCCACCCGCCAGCAACGGUACAGCUGCUGAUGGAUCACCACAGGAUAUAAGACACCAUUCCCAUGAGUUCUUCGACUCUGACGAAAGCGGAAGCCAUCAAAGUUGCCUGAGGACUUCUGCCUGCGUGGCUGCGGGAGGAGUGUGUCAAGCAGCAGCCUGCAACGCACUGCAGCUCACGGUCAAAGGAGGAUGCACAGGCAGCGGCUGCUCCUGCUGUGCUCCGAGAGCCUGCGACCCUAAGCCGAGAUGCAAGAAAGCUGGCGGGUUCUGCGCCCCGUCGUGCAGUGCUAAACUGACAGUGAUCGCUGGUGGCUGUACCGGAACACCCUGCAGCUGCUGUGCCAAAAAAUGUGUUACCACUGACGAGUGUCAGGACUGGGGCGGUGUGUGCCAGCGAGGAGGGUGUGCCCCUGGCCAGAGGGAGUUAGUCAAUGUCUGCGUAGCUCAAGGCUGUACCUGCUGUCGAGAAUUCAUCCGUGACGCUGCAAGCAACAACACUGCUGGCGGACUGGACGAAGGUGCUGAAGCAGACAACACUAACGAUGAAACUGGUGGGGAGGACGAAGGAGGAGACGAAGGAGAAGACGAAGAAGAGGGAGAGGAAGAAUAGACUGUGGUGACAGAUCAACUAGAAGAAAUCGAGGUUGUUGAAACACAACCAUAAAAGUUUUGUUGUUACAGGCAUACAACACACACACACACACACACACACACACACACACACACACACACACACACACACACACACACACACACACACACACACACACACACACACACACACACACACACACACACA